CUUUGCACAGGCAAGCUGAGUGUUUGCUGCUACUGAGAUACGUAAACUAAAAGUUAGUCUGAAAGUUCUCUUUUAUUCUGUUUGUCUGAGGCUGAUAUUGUUCUUAAAACUUGGAAAGUGCUGGGGAGGCAAAAGGGAAGAUAAUCUGAAGGAAUUUAGAGCUGCAGAUUUUUCAUUUCUAGCUUUUUAAACUGAGAUUCUUUCACUGGUCGUAGUUAAAUUAUGCUUGGAGCAGUAGCAGACUCAACAACAGAUUGAUUUUCUCCUCCCUCCAUCCCCAGCAAAUAUAAAUUCAAUGUGCAAAGCUUGUGCUCCAUCACUUGCUCCUGUAGCAAAAUAAACUGCUUAUAAUGUGAAAUUUACUCACAUGGAUGGAAGAUGGCAGGGGUUGUAACUUUUUAUUGGACACCGCACAUCUUUAAUUUUACACAUUUUUGUAACGAAAGCAAUUGGACAUUACCAUAACCUCAGCUGCGAAGUGGGGCUUGGAACAUCCAAAAAGGAGGACUAGGAAAUACUCCUCUACCUUCAUAAGUGUCCGAAGUAUAAAUGUACUGCUCUGGCACUGCUAUUGGAUGAUGGUUCACACAGACCGCAUACUGCUCUUAAAAUCCUACUACAAGUCAGGCACCUUAGCUUCCACUGAUAUGAUGCAGACUGAGGGUGCUUAAUACCUCAUAGUGAUCUGCUUAUCAGGAUGUCCUGUACUGAUAAAUUAGACACGGGCAGAUGAUGCCCUUCUCCCUUUUGUAGAUGAGAGAGACUAAUACCUAGAUUAUCAAGGAGCUAGUGGGUCUUGUUGCCAUGGUUACAUUGUGAGAUAUGAUAGUUUUUCUCGGUGUCACUUUUUUUGUAAUGCAUUAACGGAGGACUGCAGCUUUUACGACGUUUUAUUUUUUUUUUUCUCUCAUACAUUUUAGUGUUAAGAUGGCAGAAUAACCAUGGGAGACUGGAAUUUCCUUGGAGGCAUUUUAGAAGAGGUCCACAUUCAUUCCACUAUUAUUGGAAAGAUUUGGCUAACGAUCCUCUUCGUAUUUCGAAUGCUUGUUCUCGGAGUGGCAACUGAGGAUGUUUGGAAUGAUGAACAAUCAGAAUUUAUAUGCAAUACCGAACAACCUGGUUGCAGAAAUGUGUGCUAUGAUGAGGCCUUUCCCAUCUCUCUCAUAAGAUACUGGGUCUUGCAAGUUAUAUUUGUGUCUUCCCCUUCCUUGGUGUAUAUGGGUCAUGCCUUAUACAGACUAAGAGCCUUGGAAAAAGAGAGGCAAAAAAAGAAAGCUCAGGUGAGAGUGGAACUUGAAAGCACCGAAUUAGAAAUGACUGAAAAUCGGAAAAGGCUGGAGAGAGAACUUCGGCAAUUGGACCAAAGAAAGCUAAACAAAGCACCCCUGAGAGGCUCUUUGCUCUGCACUUACGUGAUACAUAUUUUCACAAGAUCUGCAGUGGAAGUCGGGUUUAUGAUUGGGCAGUAUCUUCUCUAUGGCUUUCAUCUAGAUCCCCUUUAUAAGUGUCAGAGAGAUCCAUGUCCAAACACAGUUGACUGCUUUGUAUCUAGACCAACAGAAAAGACAGUGUUUAUAUUAUUCAUGCAGUCAAUAGCGACUGUAUCAUUGCUUUUAAAUAUCCUAGAAAUUAUCCACCUAGGAUUCCGAAAAAUUAAAAUGGGACUCUGUGGGCAGAAUAAAGACAAGAAUGACCCUGACAAUUUCUACGUGAACAAAUCUAAGAAAUACUCUGUGAUACCGCACUCUUCCUUGGGAAUAUCCACCACCUCUCAAAAAACUCUUCCUUCUGCACUUAGUAGUUAUACCUUUUUAACGGAGAAGCAAACUGACACUGACCUCUACCCAGUUCUAAAUUCUCGCAUGUUUCAGUCUGUGCAGAAUAACAUGGAAAGCAGCAGCAAUUACACCCAUCGCAAUCAGGAAAACAAAUGGCCAAAGAAGAGGCCAGCUACAAAUGCUUUAGACAGUCAGACUCAAAAUACUAGCACAAAUAAUAAUGAAGGCUUGCUUGGUGAGCUUGGGACUGAAGCGCAUGAUGAGGAAAAAGAAACUGAAAAGAAAUAUUUCCGUGCUGUUACUCAGAAUGCAGACAACGCUUUGAGCACAUGCUUGAGAAUCUUUGCUGAAAUGCCAUCUCAAACUUCACUGCAACCUGAUAGAACUGUUCCUAUUAUCAGUUUCAGAAGACAACAUGGAAUCAGUUCAUCUUGGAACUGCUCAGCAAUGGUUGAGAGUGCAGGAGCCUCAACAAAUUCUCUUCCAACAAACAGCAACAGAAGACAAAGCAGUUUCAGUGCAAACAAAGCCCAACCUCCUUACAAUGCUGAUGUAAAAAAUUCUAACCAACCAGACACUCCUGACUCUACAGGGGAGGUGAGCUCAGAAUCUAAACAAAGUAGAAACUGUGAUAGUCCUAAGCCUUUCUCUCUGUCCAGGCAACUGUCGCUGUCAAGUAAUGCCAGCAACAGGCGUGCCCCCACUGAUCUUCAAAUAUAGUGUGAGUUAACCCAUUAAUUGCUAUAGUCAACGCUGGGAUAAUUAUCGAACAUUGCGACAUAAGCAAGAUCUAUGUAUAGAAGUAGCUGAAUCAUUCAACUAUAACCAGCUGUUUCACUGUUGUGGUUUAACCACAGCCAGCAACUAAGCAUCACGCAGCUGCUCACUCACUCCUCCCCCCUCCCAGUGGGAUGGAGAGAAAAUUCGAAAAAAAAA